AUGCGCAUUACAUCAGCGCUGUACGGAAAUCUGAACAAAAUCCACUGGAAUCGUCGAGUUUGGGAGGUUGGCUAUCGAGGACCACUUUUACCACAAAGAAAAGCCACCGGUCGGCCGGAUUAUCCGGUAACAGGAAAUCGCAUUCUUCUGCUACGUGAAAGAUUCGAACGUGAAUGGAACGUUAUGAAAUGUCUUGCAACGCCGUAUCUUACGAAG